AUGGAAGUUGAUGCUGUAAUGGAGACCCGAACGUUUGAAGCGAGCGUCUUUAACCUCUACCAGGAAGGACUAGCGCCCGACCAAGUAUUGCAGCUAUGCUUUCUGCGUCGGCGCGCAUCGCGGAGGCUUCGUCUCGAGCGCACGCGCAUUGAAGACGAGUUCGUGCUGCCACAACCGGAACUAAACAUCUCGAAUUUGUUACCCCUUGCUAAUAUUCCACUAGAGCAGCUUAUCGCGAAGAACCCACCAGCAGUACAAACCUGCGAUAGCGCAGAGGCAGCGGCUUUAACUGCAAUUACAAUAGAAGACGUGCGUGAGAGCGCAAGGUGGCACUUCCUGCAGCCUCGGCAAGCUGCAGUUGAAGAUGUGCGCCGGUGGUCAGCACUGUCCGAGAGCGAUUGGCUGCAGAUUCACAGGAGUAUGCAGCGAUCCAAGAAGCAACAGCAAGACCAAGAUGACGAGAUGACGGGGCGCAAUACUAUUGCUAACUGGCCAGAUAUCGCCGACAUCUGCUGGAUGCUGGAACAAUGCCUCAGUGACGCCUUUGUCGGCUUUGUGUGGGAUCAUCUACUACUCUCACUCCUGCAGCAGAGCAUGAGCACCAACACGUCAAUGCACCAGCUUUUGUUCUCUCUCUUAGUCACUCACCACUCGUUGGGCUCGCUCAGCCCCAAGGAUUUCCGCGCCAAGGUGCGGGCUCGAAACCUGCGGCAAGUCGAUGACGCCUUUGGAGCUCAAGCAGAACUUACCCUCAUAGCGAUCUACCGAAGACAGCGAGAUGCUGCAAAGUAA